UGCGCCUCUAGUGAAAGGGAGGUGUGGCUAUCAGUUUCUCCAGAGAAGGGAGGAGCUGGCUCCGCACAAAAAUGCAGCAUUUCGCCAGCCCCCGUGCAAUAAUCGGGUAAACCACAGUUUUUGUUAAAACACUAAUCUCAGAUAUGUUUUCCUGGUAGCGUGAUCCAUGCAUUACUGGAUCUUCUCGGCCUUGAGUGGGCGAGCAAAAGCGAGGAGCACCACCAGUGUCGCCAAAUAUGAUGGCAUCUCUGUGGUAGGAUGAGAAGUCCAGUGCCGCGUUUCAGGGACGUCGAGAGGCAGGCCAGUGGCCUGCAGCCCGCACAGUGUCUUCCUCCCUGUCAUGAGCAACAGACCAACAUGUGGUUCAUUAAAGACGCCUGUGGCAUCGUUUGUGCGAUCAUCACCUGGCUUCUCGUCUUCUUUGCUGAGUUCGUCGUGUUGUUCGUCAUGCUGAUUCCAUCGAAGAACCUCACCUACAGCCUGGUGAAUGGCACCAUCUUCAACAGCCUGGCCUUCCUCGCCUUGGCGUCUCAUUUCAGAGCCAUGUGCACUGACCCGGGAGCCGUGCCAAAGGGCAAUGCCACAAAGGAGUACAUCGAGAGCUUGCAGCUGAAGCCAGGCCAGGUGGUUUACAAAUGUCCCAAGUGCUGCAGUAUUAAACCAGAUAGAGCUCACCACUGCAGUGUUUGUAAGCGCUGUAUACGGAAGAUGGAUCAUCAUUGCCCUUGGGUAAACAAUUGUGUCGGGGAAAAUAACCAGAAGUACUUUGUGCUUUUCACAAUGUACAUAUCCCUGAUCUCUCUGCAUUCCUUGGUCAUGGUGGUCUUUCAUUUUCUCUACUGCUUUGAAGAUGACUGGACAAAGUGCAGUACCUUCUCCCCUCCAGCCACUGUCAUCCUCCUCAUCCUCCUGUGCUUUGAGGGCCUCCUCUUCCUCAUCUUCACCUCUGUGAUGUUUGGCACCCAAAUCCAUUCCAUCUGCACAGAUGAGACGGGCAUAGAGCAGUUGAAAAAGGAAGAGAGAAGAUGGGCUAAAAAAACAAAAUGGAUGAACAUGAAGGCGGUAUUCGGACACCCCUUCUCGAUAGCAUGGUUUAGCCCGUUUUCCACACCCGACCACGGGAAAGCUGACCCCUACCAGUAUGUGGUCUGAGCUCAGGAAGCCUUAAGCUAGAGACUCGAGUGCACUUGGACUUCCCUUAUAAACGGCAUCUUUUAAUUUGUUUGUAAUUCCGAAAGAAACCGAGCAUUUACCAGUGAGACUAAAUCACCUUCAUCUUCUUCUCUUUUUUUUUUUUUUUUUUUUUUUUCAGGGAACAAAUCAUUGCAUAUCCAAUUAUCCUUGCCUCUACUUAUUUUUAAUUCAGAACAGAAAGCGGAUGCUUCAUCAUGUCACAGUCUUAAGCAUCUCUGCCUAGCUACACCGAAAUGAAGACGAAUGUUGCGCAGAUAAUAGAAGCCAAUUUAUGCUAAUAUAAUCGCUAUUGUAAUCUUGCCAGACUGUCCACAAUGAUAACCUAUUUUCUGAAGGUACUUUUAAACAACCUGUUAUUUAUUUAUUUUUUUUUUUAGAAGUAGCUACAAUAUAAGAGCACUGACAACCAUUCAAUAAAAUGGUUUAUUAUGCUGACAAAAAAAACAAAAAAACAUUUAAGGGCAGUUAUUACCAAGGACGGUAUCUAUGAUGAUAACUAUAAAUCAUUCUGUGAGAAUAUAGAAGUCCACUGUACGUCUAUUUUAUAACAGCGACGCCGAGGAACAAUAUCGUUGGAGUCACGACAUGAAGCUCAUGAAUUAUUAAAAACAGUGACAGCCAAUCAGAAUGCUCGAGCAUUUCUAAAAGCACUUCUAAAAACAGAGCUGCUGUUAAGGACAUAUAGUUAUAGUUAUCCUUAUAUUUAUCCUUAUUGGUAAACAGGCCUUAACAUUAUUGACACUGGCUGUAUACAAAAUAUAAAAAGUAUAUAAACGACAUGGGAAGUUUCACAGGGGUAUAAAAGUUCUGAUAAAGCUUGAAUUCAAGCAAUUCUAUACUUUAUAAUGCAGUCAUGAUAUUUGAUUAUAAAUUGGUGUAUUAUUUUUGAAAAUCCUAAUAAACAAGAGACAGUAUUGAUCAAAUUAUUAUUAUUUUUUACAUUCACAAGUAUUGUAGAACUGAAUUCCAUUAUCAGUGCAUUGUCGGCUCAUUUCUACAUCCUAAUUCUUAACAUUGAAAAUAUUUCAACUUAUAACAAUAGUUAUUUCAUUAAUGCAAUGAAUGUGUUUUGAGAUAUCAUGAGUACAUUUGCUGUUACACACAAGAUUUUGAGUGCUAACAGUACUGAUGUUACUCAUCUGCCCUAUCAGAUUUACUUCCUAUACUCUAUACACACUGUACUUUUUUUUUUUUUUGGAGCUGGUUUACUUGGUAUGUUUCUAUAAACGUGGUUUGCAGAAAUGUUUAAGAAAGGAACAGGCUUAAAAAUUGUAUGUUUUUGAAAACCUAAUUGAUUUAACCAUUGUUUGCCAUUGUUUCGGUUAAUUGCAUUUUACAUUUUAUUAAUAAUAUACAUUUUUGUUAUGAUGAACGGAUGAUAUAUGCUUGAACUUUUAGGUGUGUAUGAAAAAGACAAUCAUUCUGUUCUUCUUUGACAAAUGGUAAAUAAUUAAAAACCUGAACACUU